AGGGGUUUGAAGAUAUAUCUGAUAUGGUACUUCAUGGUUAUUUUCUUCACAUUGCUACAACUCAUGCUUAUAUUCGAUUCCUCGAUUUGUCUGAACAACAAAUCAAGGAUGUUACUGGAAAAUUCCCAUUGACAAUGUUAACUAAAUGGGAUUUUCGAGAGAUAUGUUACCUCGAUAGCAUUGUAGUUACAACAUCAGGAGAGGUUUUUUUGGUUCGGAACAACCUUAAAAGGACAAAUAUUGAAAGCGGUAAGAGCUUCCGUCUCUCCAAGAAGGAUCCUAAUGUAGACCCAGAUAGAUACUCCAAUCUGCUUAUUGAGGUAGAUUCUCUAGGUGAUGAGGAGGCACUACUUCUUGACUUGGGUUUCACUUUGCCCGGUAUCGAACCAAACUCCAUAUAUUUUUCCCGUGACGACCGUUAUUUUUGCCGGCGGGAUUCAAAACUGGACAUCUGUGUGUUCAAUCUCGAAACCAAGACCCUCAAACGCUUCCCUAGUCUCUCCAACAUGAAGCUCAAAGAUGCUCGAUGGUUUGUCCCUGGCAUUUGAAAAUUCCAAACAUUUCCUUUAUUUUCUAUAUCUUAUAGCCUUUUGUUUCGUGCCUAUUCCUUUUUGUUCUUUCGGUUAUGCUUAAUUAUAAACUAUGAAAAUGCUGGCUUUAGGCAACACUUGCUGGACCUUAACAAUCACUUUGCAUUUUUGAUAUGAUGAGUCCUCCCUUUUGACCUCAUUGGUGGACAUAUAAACUUGUAUUUUUUGU